AUGCAACUGAAACAGCUUGCCAUCGCCGGCCUCAUCCCGGGCAUCCCAAUGGUCUCUGCUCUAGUCCGCCGCUCCGGCGACGACUCUAUUGCAGCCACCACCACCGAAGCGCCAACCAAGGCCACCGCGGCCAUUCCGACCCCAACGAUGCCCGGUAUAAUCGACGGCUGCGAGGGCUACGACAAGGUGAUCGAAGGGGACAUCUGCGACACCGUGGCAAAGCGAAACGGCAUAGCCACAUACCAGCUGAAAGCCUGGAACAGCGAAAUCAACUACCUCUGCUCAAACCUCUGGCUCGACUACUACGUCUGUGUCGAUGGACCUGGCGACGAGAUCCCCCUCCCAACGUAUACCCUCACACCACCCGGUCCAGACCGUCCAACCCCCGCGCCAGCCCCCAUCCUCCCCGGCACGGUUGUGAACUGCGAGUUCUACUUUACGAUCGACGCCCGGGAUACGUGCGCCGACAUCUGCGUGCUUGCGGGGAUCACGUUUGAGGAGUUGCAGGCGAUGAACCCGAUUCUUGAUGACCAGUGUUCCAACUUGGUGUCGUGGGUGGGAUACCGGGUCUGUGUUGGGGUUUAG